AUGUUGGUCGCUGUGGGGAUAGUCUGUGUCGCUUUGGUCAUAUAUAUAUUAAAGUAUUUCUUCUUCAGCUCCGGGCCCAAUCCCUUUGGGAAGGACACUCGUGAACCUUUGAAACAGAUGGUUCAUGACAAGAAAGAGAAAAAUAAAGUGCUGAAGCAGGGUUUUGUAGCCAGUAAAGUACCGGACGACCUGGAUGCCAUCAUCAUCGGCAGUGGGAUCGGUGGGCUUGGGCUCGCCGUGCUGCUGUCCAAAGCUGGAAAGAAAGUCCUGGUUCUGGAACAGCACACUCGCGCUGGAGGAUGCUGCCACACGUUCACUGAGAAAGGCUUUGAGUUUGAUGUUGGAAUCCACUACGUCGGCGACCUGCAGGACCACAAGCCGUUCCGCUGCAUGCUGGACAACAUGACUAAUGGACAGCUGCAGUGGGAACCUCUGGACAAUCCGUUUGACCACGUAGUGCUGGGACCUCCAGAAAACCGCCGCCGGUAUCCCAUCUACAGCGGCAGGACCCGCUUCCCCGACGAGCUGAAGAAGUGCUUCCCUGGAGAGGAGAAGGCCAUCGACGAGUACUUAAAGCUGGUCAAGAAAGUCGGACGAGGUAUUUGGCUCCUCGCUGUGCUGAAGGUCUGCCCCGUCCUCGUGGCCAAGUUCCUGGUCUACACCGGUCUGGCUAAUCGUCUGUCCUUCUUCUUCGAAAUGGCUCCCCGCAGCCUGACAGAAGUGGUCAACGAACUGACGGAGAACAAGGACCUCAGGGCCGUCUUCACCUACAUCUUUGGCACCUACGGCAACAAGCCAAAAGAUACCAGUUUUUCUAUGCACAGCCUGCUGGUCACUCACUACCUGAAUGGUGCCUGGUACCCGAAAGGCGGAGCCACUGAAAUUGCCUACCACAUGAUCCCCAUCGUUGAGAAGGCCGGCGGUGCCGUUCUAGUCCGAGCCCCAGUCAACCGCAUCCUGUUCAAUAAGGCCAACGAAGCUUAUGGUGUGAGUGUCAUGAAAGGCCAAGAGGAAAUACAUAUCCGCGCCCCGGUGGUCAUCUCUGAUGCCGGCAUCUUCAACACCUACCAGAAGCUUCUGCCCAAGGAGUUCCAGUUCAUGCCACCCAUCCAGGAGCAGCUGAGCAUGAUGAAGAACGGUGAUGGUGGCCUGAGUAUUUUCCUGGGUCUGACUGGAACCAAGGAGGAGCUGGGCCUGAAGGCAAACAACUACUGGAUCUUUACCGAGAAUAAUUUCGAUGAACUGGUGGAGAAGUAUAUGAACGGAAAGAGGGAAGAGUCUGCUAAAAAUGUUCCUCUCCUGUUCGUCGCGUCUCCGUCGGCUAAAGAUUCGACGUGGGAAGAAAGAUGUCCAGGGAAGUCCACCUUGAGUCUGGUCAGUUUUGCAAAAUACGAGUGGUUUGAGGAGUGGAAGGAUUGCAAAGUGACAAACAGAGGGUCUCACUACAAAGAGCUGAAACAGAUGUUCAUUGACUCCAUUCUGGAGGUCGUUAUGGACGUCUUCCCCAAAAUAACCAGAGACAAGAUCGAGUACAUUGACGCUGGCACCCCCAUCACAAACACUUACUAUAUCGGAGCCCCUAAAGGUGAAAUCUACGGAGCGGAUCACGGCAUCGCCCGAUUCAGCCCUGAACUCAACGCUACAGUGCGACCUCAGACUCCACUGAAGAACCUCUAUCUGACAGGUCAGGAUGUGUUUUUGUGUGGCUUUGCCGGCGCUCUCGCUGGAGCUCUCUCCUGCGGCUCGGUGCUUCUCAACCGCAACCUCCAUCUGGAUGCCAUCAAUUUGGCAAAGAAAACUAAAUGUGUGAAUACCAAAUUGAAAGGGGAGUAACUGCCUGACGACAUUCAGCUGAGUGAGCGUUACACUGUUUUUACACUGUUAGCUUUUUAAAGCUAACAACACCUCAACUGUUGAUGCUAAACCAAAGGUUGAACAUCAUAUGCAAUCCUAUUCUGAACUGCCUUUCCAGUUAACUCUUAACUCUGUGCCUUAGGUGUGUUUUGCUUUGCAGUUUGUAACAUGUUUGUAACAUGUUUCUCCCUUUUUAACAUUAAAGAUUACAAACACUGAA